AUGACCGGUCCAAUUAAUGGAAAUACCACCAAAGAACACGUAAUCCUCGAGAAAUCAAACGGGAGUUUAAAGAAUGGAUCGAAAAAUGCCACAAACACCGCGAAUGGUACAAACGGGAAGACCCACACCGGAAACGAUUGGACCCCUUUCUCCUGGAAGACGAAACCAAUAAAACAAGACGUAUCCUAUGAAGACCAGGCGCAUUUACAAAAGGUUUUGGGUAAACUGAGUCACCUGCCUCCCAUGGUCACACCUCAAGAAAUCACGAAUCUUCGCAAUCAGCUGAAGCAAGUUGCUCUCAAGAAGGCCUUUUUAUUACAGGGCGGAGACUGUGCCGAGCUUUUUGAAUAUUGCUCACAGGACCCAAUCGAAUCAAAACUUAAGGUCCUCCUUCAGAUGAGCUUAGUACUCACAUGGGGUGCCAGAGUGCCGGUGGUCCGAAUUGCCAGGAUGUCCGGUCAAUAUGCAAAGCCACGAUCAAAUCCAUAUGAAAAUUGCCAAGGUAAAGAAGUCCUAUCCUUCCGAGGUGAUAACAUUAACGGGUAUGACCCUAACGACAGAAAGCCAGAUCCCGAGCGUCUUUUGAGUGCCUACUUUCAUUCGGCGGCCACGUUAAAUUAUGUUAGGUCGAUUCUCGGUUCAGGGUUCGCAGAUCUUCACCGCCCAUCAGAAUGGUCACUUCAUCAUGUGCGUUCCCAGGGAACUCGACAAGAAUAUCAGACGAUUGUUGACCGCCUUACGGACGCAUUGGAUUUCAUGAAAACGAUUGGAGUGGACACUCCCGUGUCACCUGUUCCAAGCCCAUUAAAUAGUGUGGAUUUGUUUAUGUCACACGAAGGUUUGAUCCUUGAAUACGAACAAAGUUUAACGCGUGAGCUAAAAGACCCCGAAACUGGUGAACUCAAGUGGUACAAUGUUGGCAGUCAUUUCUUGUGGAUCGGAGACCGAACUCGACAGCUCAAUGGUGCACAUGUGGAAUACUUCCGAGGAAUACAAAACCCUAUUGGAAUCAAAGUUGGUCCAUCCAUGCAGCCUGAUGAACUCAAGGAGUUAUUGGACAUCGUAAAUCCAAACAAAGAAAUCGGAAAGGUGACGUUAAUUACGCGCUACGGAGCACAUCAGGUUGAGAAAUAUUUGCCAGGUCACAUUCAAGCUGUCAAGGCAUCAGGACACAUUGUAGUCUGGGCUUGUGAUCCGAUGCACGGAAACACAAAAAAUUCUUUAUCUGGCAUGAAAACUAGACAUUUCAAUUCAAUAAUCGAGGAACUUUCAAAGGCGAUACAUAUUCACAAGGCCAACAACAGUCAAAUGAAUGGCGUACAUUUUGAACUUACGGGUGAAGGCGUAACCGAAUGCAUCGGAGGAUCAAUGCAACUCGCCGAUUCCGAUCUUUCCCUAAAUUACAAAACUUACUGUGAUCCGAGAUUAAAUUACGAGCAAAGCUUAGACGUUGCGUUCUUAAUCGCUAAAUAUUAUGAAAAGGAGAGAAAUGGCUACCUGCCCGGAUUAUGA